UUCCUUGACAAGAAUUCCUCGUGUUAACCCUUCGGCGGCUAUAAAUUACGCGUUUAUUUUACGUUUUUUUUGCGCUCUCUCUCUCUCGUGCCUCUUGCCGUUCGUGGUUGGAUCUUGAUCUCGAUGGCGAACCCGGGCGAGGCUUCCGAUCCCAAGGGGAAGAAGGAUUACAGCACGGCGAUCCUUGAGAAGAAGAAGGCUCCCAACCGUUUGGUUGUGGAUGAGGCGAUCAAUGACGAUAAUUCGGUUGUUUCGAUGCAUCCCGAGACGAUGGAGAAGCUGCAGUUGUUUCGCGGCGAUACCAUACUCUUGAAGGGGAAGAAAAGAAAGGAUACAAUCUGUAUUGCUCUAGCUGAUGAUACAUGCGAUGAACCAAAGAUCAGGAUGAACAAGGUUGUCAGAUCAAAUCUCAGGGUGAGGCUUGGUGACGUUGUAUCUGUCCAUCAAUGCCAAGAUGUCAAGUAUGGAAAUCGUGUACACAUACUUCCCAUUGACGACACAAUUGAAGGUGUUACAGGGAACCUGUUUGAUGCAUAUUUAAAACCUUAUUUUUUGGAAGCAUAUCGUCCUGUUAGAAAAGGGGAUCUUUUCCUUGUCAGGGGUGGGAUGAGGAGUGUUGAGUUUAAGGUUAUAGAAACUGAUCCUGCAGAGUACUGCAUUGUUGCUCCUGAUACAGAGAUUUUCUGUGAGGGGGAGCCGGUAAAAAGAGAAGACGAGGACAGGCUUGAUGAGGUAGGCUAUGAUGAUGUUGGAGGAGUUAGGAAACAAAUGGCUCAGAUAAGGGAGCUAGUAGAGCUUCCUCUAAGACAUCCUCAACUAUUUAAAUCUAUUGGUGUCAAGCCGCCAAAAGGUAUUUUGUUGUAUGGUCCACCUGGUUCAGGUAAGACAUUAAUAGCUAGAGCAGUCGCAAAUGAGACAGGAGCUUUUUUCUUUUGCAUCAAUGGUCCAGAGAUCAUGUCAAAGCUAGCCGGUGAGAGUGAGAGUAAUUUGAGGAAGGCUUUUGAGGAAGCAGAGAAAAAUGCACCCUCAAUUAUCUUCAUUGAUGAGAUUGAUUCCAUUGCUCCUAAGAGAGAGAAAACUCAUGGGGAAGUUGAAAGGCGCAUAGUGUCUCAACUGUUGACACUGAUGGAUGGGUUGAAGUCUCGUGCUCAUGUAAUUGUCAUUGGGGCUACAAACAGGCCAAACAGUAUCGAUCCAGCUCUUAGACGAUUCGGUAGGUUUGACAGAGAAAUUGACAUUGGUGUUCCUGAUGAGGUUGGCCGAUUGGAGGUUCUUCGCAUCCAUACUAAGAACAUGAAGCUAUCUGAUGAUGUUGAUUUGGAAAGGAUUGCUAAGGAUACUCAUGGCUAUGUUGGGGCUGACCUUGCUGCUUUAUGCACUGAAGCUGCUCUCCAGUGUAUCCGUGAAAAGAUGGACAUAAUUGAUCUAGAAGAUGAAUCAAUUGAUGCUGAAAUUCUCAAUUCUAUGUCUGUUACAAAUGAACACUUUAAAACUGCUUUGGGAUCUAGUAACCCAUCUGCCCUCCGUGAAACUGUUGUUGAAGUACCAAAUGUCAGCUGGGAUGAUAUUGGUGGACUGGAAAAUGUCAAGAGGGAACUGCAAGAGACUGUGCAAUAUCCAGUUGAGCAUCCUGAGAAGUUUGAGAAGUUUGGGAUGUCCCCUUCCAAGGGAGUCUUGUUUUAUGGACCACCUGGAUGUGGUAAAACAUUGCUGGCUAAGGCCAUUGCCAAUGAAUGCCAAGCAAAUUUCAUCAGUGUCAAGGGUCCUGAAUUGCUGACCAUGUGGUUUGGUGAAAGUGAAGCAAAUGUGCGUGAGAUAUUUGAUAAGGCUCGCCAAUCUGCACCAUGUGUGCUCUUCUUUGACGAACUUGACUCCAUUGCGACCCAGAGAGGCAGCAGUGUCGGUGAUGCAGGAGGCGCUGCUGAUAGGGUUCUUAAUCAGCUACUGACGGAGAUGGAUGGCAUGAAUGCCAAGAAAACAGUAUUCAUUAUCGGGGCAACCAACAGGCCUGACAUUAUAGAUCCUGCUCUACUUAGGCCAGGCCGGCUGGACCAGUUGAUUUAUAUUCCUUUGCCAGAUGAGGCCUCUCGUUACCAAAUAUUUAAAGCUUGCUUAAGAAAGUCUCCAGUGGCAAAAGAUGUUGACCAGGGGGCUCUUGCAAAGUACACUCAGGGAUUUAGUGGUGCCGACAUCACAGAAAUUUGUCAACGGGCAUGCAAAUACGCAAUUAGAGAAAACAUCGAAAAGGACAUUGAAAGAGAAAAGAAGAAGAGUGAAAAUCCUGAGGCAAUGGAGGAAGAUGAUGAGGCUGAUGAUGUUGCAGAGAUCAAGGCUGUUCAUUUCGAAGAGUCAAUGAAGUUUGCCCGCAGGAGUGUCAGCGACGCUGACAUUCGCAAGUACCAGGCAUUUGCUCAGACUUUACAACAGUCGCGGGGUUUUGGAAGUGAGUUCCGUUUUGCGGAGCGUUCUGAAGCUGCACCUGGAGCCACCGGCUCAGAUCCUUUUGCCACUUCAGCUGUUGCAGACGAUGACGAUGAUUUAUAUAGCUAAGUAAUUUAGAAGAACGGAUCGUCAUUGCCAAAUGCUAUUAUGGUGUAAUAUGUUGAAUUCUCACCUUUUGGUUUUGCCGUCCUCAAAACUGCCUUUGGUUGUGACGUUCCCAUCUAAGAAUUUGAGAGCCCAGGAAUCGGUCGUUAGUUGAAUGAUAUAAACAUUGGUACCGUAAUAUCCAAGUAAAAAACCUUUCUUUCA